GGGCGGGUUGGACUCCCCUCUAGGAGCAGGAGCGACGCGGUGAGCGAGCUCGCGUUCCAGGCUGGGGGAGGGUGCUUGCUGCUACCUAGCCUCCCUGUCCUAGAAAGAUGGUUGGAACCCCGGGAGAGGCCACUCCGGCUGCGGUGCGGCCGCCUCGGGCUACGCCUGGGGCGCAGAGCUGGCCGGGACCCAGGCUUGCUGCGGAGAACAGCAGAGUAACCUCUCCAACCUCUAACCUUUAUGAAUGAUUAAGUCCCGGCUAAAGCCAGUUCGCGAGACCAUACUGUGUGUGUAUUUAUGAUUUGUAUCAGUUAGUUGUGGUUUACUUUAGGAGUAAGUGGAGGUCCACUCGGUAAGGAAAUUUACCAAGGAGUUAUUAUUUGAAAGACUGAUAAAUCUUUUAUAUAGCUAUGAUGGCAUCUACUAGUGAUACCAAGAUCUGUAAGAACCAGGAUGGAGUUUUGGAAAUAAAAAUGGAGGAAGAGUGUAAGUAUACCGCCAAACAAGAUAGGAACCCGCAAAGGAACACUUAUAACAGAGACGUCUUCCGGAAAUACUUCAGACAGUUUUGCUACCAGGAAACAUCUGGACCCCGGGAGGCUUUGAGCCGACUCCGGGAACUUUGUCGUCAGUGGCUGCGGCCAGACUUGAACAGCAAGGAGCAGAUCCUGGAGCUGCUGGUGCUGGAGCAGUUCCUGACCAUCCUGCCAGGGGAGCUGCAGGCCUGGGUGCAGGAGCAGAACCCCGAGAGUGUGGAGGAGGUAGUGACUGUGCUGGAGGAUUUAGAGAGAGAGCUUGAUGAACUAGGAUACCGGGCCUCAGUCCAAACUGAAGAACAGGAAAUACUGUUGCAGGAGAUGAGACCUUUAGCAGCAGAGCAGAAACCCAGUGUGUCCCUUCAAUUUGUCAAGGCCAAGCCGGGGUGUGAACUUGCAGCCUGUGAAGCCCAAGAGGAGCACGUUUCAGGUAUUGAGACUGGAAAUGAGUCCAGGAAUGUAACUCUGAAGCAAGGCCUCUGGGAAGGAAUGGAAGCAGAACAGAAUCCCUCUAGCAGAUUAGCAAAGGAUGCACUUGAGUAUGAAAAAACUCAUGUUCUUGGAGAAGAGUCUUCUGGUGUUUCCCAUGAAGACAGCCAGUCUCUGCGCAAUGAAAACGGGGUAAAAUCUGCCGAGAACUCAAACCACGCUAAACACCAGAACAUCUAUGCAGGGCGAAAAGUGCAUGGAUGUGAUGAGUGCGGAAAGAGUUUUAGUCAGCACUCUCGCCUAAUAGAGCACAAGAGAGUCCACACUGGAGACAGGCCCUACAAAUGUGAAGAAUGUGGGAAAACUUUCCGAUGGAGGACUGUUCUUAUUCGACACAAGGUGGUACACACUGGAGAGAAACCAUAUAAAUGUAAUGAAUGUGGCAGGGCUUUUGGCCAGUGGUCAGCUCUUAACCAACAUCAGAGACUUCACUCGGGAGAAAAGCACUACCACUGUAAUGAAUGUGGCAAAGCCUUUUGCCAGAAAGCAGGCCUCUUUCACCAUCUCAAGAGCCACAGAAGAAACAGACCUUAUCAGUGUCUUCAGUGUAAUAAAAGUUUUAAUCGCCGGUCCACACUUUCUCAGCACCAAGGAGUUCACACUGGUGCAAAACCCUACGAAUGCAAUGAUUGUGGGAGAGCUUUUGUUUAUAACUCAUCUCUUGCUUCCCAUCAGGAAACCCAUCACAAGGAGAAACCCUUCACUCAAAGCGGUCCUACUCAGCAGCAGAGGAACCACACCAGGGAGAAACCCUACAAGUGCAAUGUAUGUGGAAAAGCAUUUGUUCAAAAAAGAAGUCUUACAGAACAUGAGCAAAUUCAUAUUGGAGAGAAACCGUAUAAAUGUGCCGAGGGGGGGAAGGCCUUUAUUCAGAUGUCAGAACUCACGGAACAUUAGGGAAUCCACACUGUGGGAAGGCCCCGCAAAUGUGAUGACUGUGGCAAGACCUUCAGAUAGGAGUCAGCUUAGUAAGCUUCAGAGAAUUCAUAAUAAGGUGCUCCCUAAAAGGGUAAUGGGUGUGGGAAAUUGUUCACACAGAACUCAACUCUUAUCAUCAGACUAGUCACAAAAAGAGCAAGAACUCUCUGUGAUGACUACAGAGAAGCCAUCUCACAGUGUAGACUGAUGAGAAAUACUGUGUAUGUAAUGCUUUGUGGCAACACUUCAGCCUUUGCUGCUGUAAACCAUAAAUAUUUGAUGAGCUCC